UCUAAAUGACGUAGAUCAUAUGCGCCACUGUUGACUGUGAGAAAAAAUGGCAGCGCACAGCGGUGAUAAGCGUGGUCUGGAACAUUUAGACGAAUAUGAACCAAAACGAGUCAGAUUGCCUCAACGCCUUCAAGAUCGGAUGACAGAAAGGCGACUUGUUGUAAUCCUUGAGGGAGCUACGCUUGAAACUGUAAAGGUGGGUAAAACAUUUGAGUUGCUUAACUGCGAUCAACACAAGGGUAUGAUCCUAAAGAAUGGAAGAGACCCAGGAAAGAUCCGACCAGAUAUAACACAUCAGUGCUUACUAAUGUUAAUGGACAGCCCAUUGAACAGAGCUGGGCUUCUACAAGUCUACAUUCACACGGAGAAGAACGUCUUAAUAGAAAUCAACCCUCAAACACGUAUCCCACGCACAUUUGCACGAUUCUGCGGCCUCAUGGUCCAGCUGCUGCAUAAACUGAGUGUACGAGCAGCUGACGGACCACAGCGUCUGUUGAGAACCAUCAAGAACCCUGUCUCUGACCACCUGCCUCCAGGAUGCCCCCGCAUCGGCACCUCUUUCUCUUCAGGCGAUGCUGUGUGUGCACGGACUGUUGUGCCCGAAGAAGGACCAGCAGCUGUGGUGAUUGGGGCUUUUGCUCACGGCGCAGUGGAUGUGGAUUAUACAGAGAAGACCGUGUCCAUUAGUAACUACCCUCUAUCUGCUGCCCUCACCUGUGCAAAGAUGUGCUCUGCCUUUGAAGAGGUUUGGGGUGUGUUGUGACCUGACAAGCCAAACCUGUGUUUCUCCAGGAAGGAAAGAUGGACUACAUUAUUUGCAAGGGACAACAUUUGUUUUUGCAAAGAACUUCAUAAUAAAGGCAGUGGUAUAACUGCCUUGAUUUUUGCUCAUCCUGAACUGUCACCUGGUGGAUCUUACUUCGUUUUUAUAUGUGGCUACCCUCAAAGGAUGAUGAUUUGUGAUAAAGUAGUUAGUCUACUGGAAUUUCGUAAUGGGACAAUGAAAGUCUAUCAAAGGCCUGCUCCCCAGAUAUGUUGUAUGAGUACAACCAACAGGGGAGGUACAUUACAAUUAACUAAUACCAGUCAAAAGUAUAAAAAUUUAUAUUGUGCACCAAGAUAUUGUUACCUUUUCAACUGAAUUCCACAGAUAAUUUGUUUUGGUGGAAACAUCGUUGUUCCAUGGGCCAAAUAAACACUCGUGUUUCUUUA